CUGGCGGAGGGAAGCAUGGCGCGGGAGCGGGACCUGAGCCGGGGGCUGGAGAGCCUACCCGUGUCCGUGUGGCCGCCGUCCGAGGAACCCCCGGCCUUCCAGUAUAGCCCAGAGCACGUGGCAGGAGCAGGAGAAGACACUGACCCUUCUGAAAUCACUUUUCCAGGAUGUAAUUGUGUUACUGCUUCCUGCGUGGCCAACACUUGUUCGUGUCUUCGCCAUGGUGAAAACUAUAACAGUUCAUGCAUCAAAUACAUAGGAAGUGAAGUGGACUAUACUAGGCCUAUUUUUGAAUGCAAUGCCAUGUGCCGUUGUGAAGUGAUUGCUUCUGCUAGCGGUGUAUGGUGGAGAUCUACGUAAGAGAAACUUCCUAUUUGUUGCUGUCCUGAAUAAGUAAAGGGCUGAAAAGGUGGCAACCAACUCACCUAUCCCAGGAGAUGAAAUGCACAAUCACAGCACUUCCAUUUUGGGGGGCGCGGGGGCAGAGGGAAUCUUACUGUAAGUAAGCGGGAUAUUCCAAUUGAAUUUCUAUCACAUCUAGUUCUUUAAUUUUGAGAUUAACAUUUUUAUGCAUGAGGCAUCUGCACAAAAGAACCACUCUCGCCCCAUCCUAAAACUGAUCUUAACUGGACAUUGCAGAUGGAAGGGUUGAAAAUGUAGAACAUGGAAGAUGUUUUAGAACCCAGGAAAAGACCAUACUUUGUUCCUUUUCGGCAGUUAGGCCCCAAUCGGGGUAGAGUUACUCACAUACCCUAGUUUAGAAAAGGAAAAGGGUCUCUCACUCCUUUCCUGUAAUUCCAUACAGUCUUCGGUUGUAGCAUGCUUUAAGUCCAGUCUGUUUCAGUCGGGCUAGUUUAAAGAUUUAGUGUUCCUCUACUAUCUUCUACCCCCAGUUUCCAGUGUUUCCCCCCUAAGAUCAUACCACUGGGAAACAGACACUACCUUUGCGGUAAAAUUUGAAAGGCAAGUAGAUUCAUCUAUGCAUUGCUUAGUUCUGUCUGCUGGACUAGCUUAUUUUUAAUGUUUUGUCUUGCUGUUGGGUGGUGAGGUGGUACAACAUUGAUUAAUCUAUUAAAGUCAGUUUCUGAGACCAGGAUGGAUGGGUCAGUUGCUAGUGGAUCAAAUUUAAUUAUAAUUAAAAAAAAAAUCUAAACCUGCAUUUUACAACACAGAAAGAUCCAUUCAGUCCAUAAAAAUUAUUUCAAUGUAUGCUUUCUGUAAUACUAUAUGUACUCUGUGGCUCACUUACUGUCUUGUUCAACUUACUGAGUAACUCAUGUUAUCAUAAUUCACUGUACACUGUGUUUAUUAAAUAUCACAAAGUGUUCAAAACGUA